CGGCUGCUUCCAGGGGAACUGGGUUUUCAUGGGCUAACGGCGAGUUUAGGGGUUUCCAACCAUGAACCGUUUCAAUGGACUCUGCAAGGUGUGCUCGGAGAGGAGAUACAGACAGAUUACCAUCCCUCGAGGAAGUGAUGGGUUUGGCUUCACAAUCUGCUGUGACUCCCCAGUCCGUGUGCAGGCAGUGGACUCCGGUGGCCCAGCAGAAAAGGCUGGUCUGCAGCAGCUCGACACGGUGCUGCAGCUGAAUGAGCAGCCUGUGGAGCACUGGAAAUGUGUGGAUCUGGCACAUGAAAUCCGGAACUGUCCCACUGAGAUCAUACUACUGGUCUGGAGGCUGGUCCCACAGGUCAAGUCAGGACACGAAGGCAUGAUCCGUAGAUCAUCCUGCAAGUCAGCCUACGACCUCCAGUCACCUCCCAACAAGCGGGAAAAGAACAGCACUGUUCCUCCACGGCCCGAGCAGCGCCGGAGCUGCCACAUCCUGUAUGAUGGGAGCGAUGGGCUGGUGCUGAACGGCUGGGAGAGGUACACGGAGAUCGGCAAGUGCAGCCAGAACACCAUGCCACCCCUGUCCCGGGUCCCCUCCGCUGCAGACCAGAACUACAUCAUCUUAGCACCUUUGAACCCAGGGAGCCAGCUGCUGAGGCCUGUCUAUCAAGAGAACAAUGCUACUGUGGGAAAUGGAUGUAAAGGGAAAUCACACAUGGGCUCUGGGAGAAAAUCCAGGCUGAUGAAGACUGUGCAGACGAUGAAGAACUACGGGAACUACCAGAACUGCACCAUAGUGAGGCCACACAUCCCACACUCCAGCUACGGCACCUACGUGACUCUGGCUCCCAAGGUGCUGGUGUUCCCCGUCUUUGUGCAGCCCCUAGAUCUUUGCAACCCAGCCCGGACUCUGCUUCUAUCAGAGGAGCUGCUUCUACACGAGAGCAGAAGCAGGACUAUACAGGUGACCCUCUUUGUCUACUCUGACCUGCUGCUCUUCACCAAGGAGGACGAGCCUGGGCGCUGCAACGUGCUGAGGAACCCUCUCUAUCUGCAGAGUGUCAAGCUCCAGGAGGGUUCAGAAGAUCGGAAAUUCUGCCUCCUGUACCUUGCAGAG